AUGCUAAAGAGACUCACGUGCCUCUCAUUAUUCGCGACUCUGCUUCCAUUAAUAUCCCUUCCGUUACAAUCUACUGCUCUCUGGCCCCUCCCGCGAAACUUCUCCUCAGGCGAUUCUUCUCUCAUCCUCACAAACGACUUUUCCAUCGAGGUCUCCUUUGAGACUCCAUCCGACCUCAAAGAUGCCAUCUCACGCACAAUAUCCUACCUACACAACGACAAGCUCCAGCCUCUCACCGUCGACCGCGGAGCCUCUCUCGUCGGAAAUAUCUCAUCAUCACCACAUCUCUCAUCCCUCCUACUCUCUCUUUCAGAAGGCAGCAACGUAAGCGCGAUUAGCGAAGAGGCCGUAAAACUACCCAAAGAACGCGAUGAAUCAUAUAUCUUGAGUAUACCCUCCGAAGGAGGACAGGCAACCUUGACAGCGAACACGACGCUCGGGUUGUUCAGAGGAUUGACUACGUUCAGUCAACUCUGGUAUACUGUGGACAAUACAACGUUUGCAAUUGGUGCGCCUUGGGAGAUUUAUGAUAGCCCGGCUUUCCCCUACAGAGGGUUCAUGCUUGAUACCGCUCGUAACUACUUUCCGGUAGACGAUAUUAACCGCCUACUCGACACAAUGAGCUGGGUGAAACUGAACCAGUUCCACUGGCACAUCGUCGAUUCGCAAUCCUUCCCGCUCAAACUCCCCAACUUCCCAGAGAUCGCCAAUGCAGGCGCCUACUCGAACGAUUCAAUCUACACCGCUGAAGACGUAUUGAAAGUCGUUACGUUCGCUGCUUCACGCGGUAUUGACGUCCUCGUCGAGAUCGAUACUCCCGGCCACACAUCCGCAAUUGCAUACUCCCACCCGGAACAUGUAGCAUGUGCGGGUAAGUCACCCUGGUUGACGUACGCUAACGAGCCGCCUGCGGGUCAACUGCGUAUCGCUUCAGACGAUACAGUGAACUUCACCGCGAGAUUACUUUCGGACGUCGCGAAGUUAUUCCCUUCGAGGUUGUUCAGCACGGGUGGGGAUGAGAUUAACGCGCAGUGUUACGAGGAUGACGAAAAGACGCAGAAGAGCUUAAGUGGGAAGACAAUCGAGCAAGCAUUGGAUGGGUUUACGAACGUGACACAUGGAGCGAUUAGAGAGCUUGGGAAGACGCCUGUUGUCUGGGAAGAGAUGAUAUUGCAACAUAACGUGUCACUCGGAAACGACACCGUCGUCAUGGUCUGGAUCUCAUCAGACAACGUCAAAGCCGUAGCAGAGAAAGGCUUCCAAAUCGUACACGCUGCAUCAGACUAUUUCUACCUAGACUGCGGUGCAGGUGAAUGGCUCGGUGCGGACCCGUCAGGGAAUUCGUGGUGCGACCCUUUCAAAACCUGGCAAAAAACCUACACUUUCGACCCAUAUGCCAACCUCACCUCCUCCCAACACUCUCUCAUCCUCGGCGGGGAGUCGCUCCUCUGGACCGAACAAUCCGGUCCAGAGAACAUGGAUACGAUCAUCUGGCCACGCGCAGCAUCAGCUGCAGAGGUUUUCUGGACUGGGGAUACCCUUCCAGGUGGGGUUAAUAGAAUGAGCUUGGAAGGUGUGCAGAGCGCGUUACCUCGACUACAUGAUUGGAGUUUCAGGGCGAGAGCUAGGGGCGUGAGGACAAUUAGUCUGCAGCCGCUUUGGUGUGUGCUUAGGCCGGGCGUGUGUGAUUUGACAGCAUAA